AUGAUGACCCUCGGGACAGCAACAACGGCAUUUUUCUUCUUGUGCUGCUUCUGCACCAGCACAGUUGGCGUCUUCCUUCCGACCGGCUCGCCUUCCGCCAAUGUCAACGCGGUGUGGUCCAAUCUCAACAUCACCCAGCUCUACCCCACCACCGCUGUGGCUGGUGAUGUCCUGUUCGAGUCCAAUCAUGGGAUGGGGCACGCGGAGGGUGUGUCGCCCGCCGUGGACCUCCCCUCUCAAUGGCUCUUCAUGCCCGGCUUUUUGUGUUUGAGAUGA